AUGAAAGAUCAUAAGAUCGGGAUAACAUCGUCUCUUUCAUCAACAGUAGCAGGUAUGACCGCAAGGGAUAUGUGGCUUACCCGUCUACGAUCAUUCAAAUACUUUGUAGAGUGGGUAAUGCUACUACGUGAUUUGUAUUCCCUGUUAGAGGGGCCCACGCGGUGGUUUUUCUGUACUAUGCAUACCAUCAUUUCUGCAGUAAUUAAUCCAGCUGUUGCCUUCCACUAUACCAUCCAUUUUAGCCAUGAUGAAAUUGUUGAAGAUAAGUUGUUAGAAGUAGAUGUGGGGAUAAUUAUGGAAAGAUUGGGUAUGGUGUCCGAUGAUGAAGAUAUAAAAAUAAUUACUAGCGUGGAGGAGAUAACAAGUUUAUUCCAUGAGAACGAGCCAACAUUGGAUGAACUGAAGGAAGCAUUUGGUGUGUUCGAUACAAACAAUGAUGGGUUCAUAGAUGCAAAUGAGUUGCAACUUGUUCUUUCCAAAUCUGGAUGUUCAUGCAUAUCAGAAAGUGAGUGUAGACGAAUGAUUGAUGGGUAUGAUGUUGAUAAAGAUGAGAAGAUUAAUUCCAAAGAGUUUUUGAAGCUCAUUGAAGAUGCUCUUCUGUGA